CGACGCGAUCGAGUUACCGUCAAUACGUUAAGUUUUUUACUCCGCCAAAUUAAAUCAAUAAGCAGUCAAAAAGUAUUCCUACUGGUGCAAAUUCUAUAUCAAAAUUAUCCUGGAUAAAAGUUCUUCCGAAUGGUGUUUAUGUGACUAGUGUACAGUUAAGAACCACUCUUUAAUUUGUCGUAACAACAAUCUAAAUCAGUGCAAAUCUGCUGUGUAAUUGUGAUCAUUACUUCGCUACGAGUGCCAGUUAUUAGUCAUCAGACCUAGACUCCGCCCAACUCUGUGCGCUUUGACAGUCCGCCCAACAACGAAAGCAAAGUUUCGCCGCCUACGCCAUCGCCGCUGUGGCUCUGCGGUCCGUAUACACGACUUUCGUGUGAAAGACACUGGUUCGAAUCCACGGCCACCUAGCAAAUUUUUAUUUUUUUUUAUUUUUUUAUAUAUAUAUUUGCUUCUGCGGGCAUAUUCUUUUUCGUCUCAUAAUGCCAGAUAACUAUGAAACCUGUGCUGGAUGCCAAUCUUUAAUUACUGAUAGAGAGUAUCUAAUCUGCUUCUCGUGUAAAAGGGCGUACGAUUUAAUCUGCGCUAAUGUCUCGCAGCAACGAUUUUAUAGCACUCUGACCGGAGAGCAUCGGCAAGCCUGGAGAUGUGUGUGUUGUAUCAGCAAAAUGCCGAAGUCGGACAAUACCAACACUCCCGUUCGUGGUGUGUCUGAUGGAGUUAAUAUCAAUAGGGGUGCGGCAGCGUGCAAUCUCACCCAACACCUGGAUGACAGCAGUGCGCUGAAUGAUACCGUGGAGAUGACUGACAUGCAAUCCUUCAUGCUAGAGGCACGACAGUGGCGGGAGGAAAUGAAGGCUGCGCGAGUACAGUUGGAAAUUUUUAACACAGUGGUUGCUAGGCUUACUGAAAGGCUUGAAGAGAGUGACCGAAAACAAGACCAAUUGCAAAAGCGAGUCGACAUCCUGGAGAAUCAAGUAGCAGAGUUAAGUACAAACAAGGACAUAUCACUGCAAGUGACAAUUGAGAACUUGAAGGCGGAACUGAAUGAUCGUGACCAGGAUUUAUUGGGAAAUGACUUAGAAAUAACAAAUAUCCCCGAAGAAAAGGGUGAAAACUUGGUACACUUAGUUAGCUCCAUUGCGGACAAGCUUGCUGUAGAUUUAACGGAGCAAAACAUAGUAUCUGUGUCGCGGGUUGGUCGAUCCUUCGAGGGCGAUGGCGCAGCGCAGCGGCCGCGCCCCAUUGUUGUCCGCGUUUCGCGGCGGGCGGUGCGAGACCAACUGCUACACUCAGCGCGCGUGCGCCGUGGCGCUACUACGGAGGGCACAGGCCUCCCGAUGCCGCAUCGCCGUUUUUAUAUUAAUGAAAGGUUAACUAAAACCAAUCGUCAACUGUUCAGGCGGGCAAGAGAUCUGGGCAAAUCUCACAAUUGGCGAUAUGUCUGGACAAAAGACGGAAAAAUAUUUGUAAGGCAGCAUACGGGCUCCGACUCACCGCGUCAUCGCAUUCGCUGUGAACAGGAUCUAACAAAAAUUUUUGGGGCAUAAUACUGUUGGUUCUUGUCUGGUCAAAAGUGCAUAACAGUAAAUGUAUAUUGUACCCUUCUUACAUAAGUAGAAAUUUUAAUGUACAAUACAGGUGUCUACUUUAUUACCGCUUUAGUGCAGAUAUACAGAUAUGUCAGUUAAAGUAUUUUUUAAAGUAUUUUUUAUUUCAUUUUAAUACUGUUUUAUUGUUGUUCAAUUUUUGCUUGUAUUAUGCACGUUCGUAUUUGGUUCUCUUGUUUAAAUAUAUGUUAAUUAUAGUGCAUGUUAAAUAUUUUUGGAAUAGUCUUUUCUCAGACUUUCAUAUAGCUUUAAGGUAUCAUCACAUUGAGUAUGCAUUUAAUGCUUCCAAAUCUUAUAACAAUCAUUUAUGCACGGUGCUCAUCAUAAAUACUAAAUUUCAAUUUAUUUUACAUGAAUCGUUUUAUAAUUCGUACUAUUGCAUUAUUAAAUAUAAUAAUUUUGUAUUUCUCCGUUACC